AUGGCUUCGACUACAGCACGCUACGAGGAUGAGGAGGAGGAAAGUUCUUCUCUACGGGAGGACGUUGCCGUUCGCGAUAAAGCAUACGUCGAGGAGAAGGGCAUAUCAAGCUUGAUACAAGGCUUCUUCGACGAGCUUUUCCAGCGCGAGGAGCUGCCGGCCAAUCCGUAUCCCGAACUCGUAAGAAGGUUUAGGAUCGCAGAAAGCGCCCAAGGUUUAUUCCGUUCAAUACACGACGAUGCCAAGGUGGCGGCUGGGAUGCUGAACAACGUGGCGACCUCACCCGAGUUGUCCGGGGUCACGUACGUGCAAGGUUCAUACGGGAUAUGGGGCAUGCCUCACAUGCUUCGAAUGGCAGACGUCGCGCACCUCGAAGUAAUGUCGGCGGUGGUGAAUGAAAACGAGCAGUGUCUGCGCGUAGACGCACACGAGCUGGGUGACCGGCAUGGUGACGAUUGUCAUGUCAAUGUGUGGGUUGCACUCACCGGCCCCGCCGCGCUCGCAGGAAGACUCUUCAGGUAA